AACAAAUUCAAGUAUUGUUUUUGAUUCGGUACUUAAUUUUCUAUAUCAAACAUCUUUUGUCCAAUUGUUUAAAUGGCACCUUCAAUGCUAUCUGUCAAUACAUCCAUGAACACCACGUCGAAUCACAGUACCACAGCCCGUUCUGGCAAUUACUCUCAACGUUACGCCCCAAUCCAUCACAGUCCCGCCAGCUCUGCUUCACCAUCAGCCUACAGGAUGCCCGUUGCCGCUGCAUCCCCCACUGAAAUCGUUCAGCACUAUAGCAGUAAUCAAUCCACACAUAUUCAUAGUGACGAUGAGCACGCUGCUGCUCUUGCCAUCACCCGAAUGGCAGCAGGUCCACAUACUGCAGCUCAAACCCAAUCAGAUGCUCGACAUAUAUCCUCAAAUGCUGCUAAACUCCGUGCUGCCAACAUUGCCUUGUCCAAAACUGUCCUUACACCCAAUCUGCUUUCUCCUUACCUGCCUGCCUUUAUUGCUACCUUGACCUAUUCAAUGUGGCAUGGACGAUCUUUUGCAGAAAUGGCUGCUCGACCUACCCCUGGCCUACGACUGUUUGCUCGCUUCACUCUGGACAUUCUUCGAAGCACUGGUCUUUCUUUUUCAGUAGUUUUGCUUGCUCUCAAGUACGUUCAUCGUAUUAAAUCCUGUCGUCCAGAUCUUCAGGGUGCUGAGGGCUCUGAAUGUCGCUUGCUCGUUUGCACUCUCAUGCUGGCCAUGAAGUACCUGAUGGACAACACAUAUUCUAACAAGACCUGGCAUAAAGUCUCUCACAUCCCUUUGUUGGAGAUCAAUGUUACUGAGAUGGAGUUUCUGGCUCAGCUCAACUUUGACUUGCAUGUUCAAGAAGAGGACUACUUUGGAUGGCUUGCUUUUAUUGAGCAGGCUGUUGUCGAAUUUCGACAUACUACUGGAUCCAUGCAAAAGUCUUCUGUGCAGCAGCAGGUCAAUACUAAUCAACACAUCCAAAAGACGCACGCUGGCAACUAUAGUACUCGUCAACAACAGCAUGUGUCCGAACCACAGAAUAUGUAUCCAUCCACUGAAAAAUCUAUCGCUCAUACCAAAAACUCAUCUGCCUAUCCAACCUCCUCGCGAUCCCAAAAACACACAUCCGCUGUUAUUCCUGCUGCACUUAGUUUCCCCGUUUCUACGCAACAAUUGGCACACAGCAUGCCAUACCCAUCUCCUGAUGCAUCUCCAAUUCACAAAGCCUGUGAUCAACGUGAGCAUCGCCAACAAAUAGAACAGCAGUUGCACCACUUGCGGCAGCAGUUGCGACAACAAACCACUCCCUUGUCGUCAUAACAAACCAUCUACUUUUUGAAGUUUUAUUAUUUUAUUUUUAUUAUACAGACCAAUAAAUUGUCAACUCUCUCCAUU